UGUUAAACCAAAUAGCCGAGAAUCAUCAAAAGAAAAUGGCUUCAAUUCCUACAUUUGGGAUUGCUUUAUUAAUCCCCAUUUUGUUAUGGAGCAGUGUUUUUGCAUAUCAAAAUUCGGGUCCUAAAAUCUUCAACGUAAGGGACUAUGGGGCUAGAGCCAAUGGACAUAGCGAUGACAGCAAGGCAUUUCUAAAAGCGUGGCACGCAGCGUGUCAAUGGGGGUUUGGGGAGAGUAAAGUAUUGGUUCCAAGGGGAAGAUACAUGUUGAAUUCGGUGACAUUCAUGGGUCCAUGUUUAGGAAGAAUAACGUUUAGAAUUGAAGGGAGUCUUAGGGGUCCAACAUCUCCUUCACAGUUCUUGAACAUUGAUACUUGGAUCGGGUUUCAAUUUAUUGAUGGUUUGACAUUAGAAGGAGGUUCCCACGGAACUGGAGGAGGUGUUCUGGAUGGCCAAGGUCCGUCUGCUUGGAAGUAUAACACUUGCAACAGGACCUCGUCCUGCCCCGUUCUUCCUGUGAAUUUGAGACUGGACUUCAUAACCAAUUCAACUGUCCAGAACAUAAUAUCAAUCGACAGCAAAAACACCCACAUCCACCUUUUCGCAUGCCAGCGCCUUCACAUCAACCACAUUCGGUUGACCGCACCGGAAGGAAGCCCCAACACCGACGGAAUCAAGAUCGGGAACUCAACCGACGUCAAGAUCCUUGGAGCCAAGAUCGAAACCGGCGACGACUGCAUAGCCAUGGUCUUCGGGAGCAAAGACAUUGAUAUCAACCAAGUCCAAUGUGGCCCCGGCCACGGAAUCAGCAUCGGGAGCCUCGGCCGGCAAUCAACCGACCAACAUGUUCAGGGAAUCACGGUUUCCAACACCAACUUUACGGGUACCCAGAAUGGGGUGAGGAUCAAGACUUGGUCGCCUUCUUCUCCCAGCUUGGCUUCUGAUAUUGUCUUUCAGUAUAUCCGUAUGGAGAAUGUUAACAACCCCAUCUUCAUUGAUCAACAAUACUGCCCGUAUUGCGGGUUCCAGGAUGAUGGAUCGAGGUCACAAGUGCAGAUCAACAACGUUACUUACAGGAACAUUCAGGGAACAUCUAGCUCAAAGGUUGCGGUAUCUUUACAGUGCAGUGAGGUAGUGCCGUGUCGGAAUGUGAAGCUUGAGGACAUCAACUUGAGAUACAACGGUGUUGGAGGGCCUGCAACUGCAAGUUGUUCUCAUGUUCAUGGUACUGCAUCUGGUGAACAACUCCCUUCAGGAUGCCUAUAGUCCUCAAUUCAUACAAACAAGCUUUGGUUGCUAGCUAUAUUUACUAGAUACUACUACAUCAUUUUUUAUCCUCACUUUUCGGUUUAGUAACUAGGUUGUUGGAGGUUUGGAUAACACAUCAUAUUCUGUCAGACUUUGAGCCGGUUAUACUUUGUCUAUGCAACUCGUACCUGUUAAUGAAAUGAUUUUAUUUGUAUAAGAAUGUUACGACUUCGUUGCUAUAAUAUACUCUUACCGUCUCCAAAAAGAGUUUUUAUCGAGUUUUUAGAUUGAGUACAUAUCUCAAAAUUUAA